AAGAACAACAGCAACAAGAACAACAGCAACAAGAACAACAGCAACAAGAACAACAGCAACAAGAACAACAGCAACAAGAACAACAGCAACAAGAACAACAGCAACAAGAACAACAGCAACAAGAACAACAGCAACAAGAACAACAGCAACAAGAACAACAGCAACAAGAACAACAGCAACAAGAACAACAGCAACAAGAACAACAGCAACAAGAACAACAGCAACAAGAACAACAGCAACAAGAACAACAGCAACAAGAACAACAGCAACAAGAACAACAGCAACAAGAACAACAGCAACAAGAACAACAGCNCAACAGCAGCAACAGCAGCAACAGCAGCAACAGCAGCAACAACAACAGCAGCAGCAACAGCGUCCGCCUUUUUCGCCAUCACUCAACAGCAACAGCCUCCGCCUUUUUUCGCUAUCACCUUCAGAGCGCCCGCCCCGCGGGCCUCCUUUUUCAUUCGUUCACUUGCUCGCUAUCAUCCGGACACGGAGCCACGAACGGGACAGAGAGAGAGAAAAAGAGAAAAAACCACGAACACCAACAAGCCACGACAGACGAAGACAAGCACAACGCCAGAAAACUUCCAGCGCCCGCGCACUCUUUGGGCAUGUUCAACGGACAUACUUAUGGCAUUGCGCCGGACUUUUUUGGAUCUGUGGCGCGGAUCUGCUCAGAUUCUUGGCCUUGCGGGUAGGUUCCUUUGGCGGAUCUUUCUCUGUCGAUUUUCGGGGACUCGAUCAGCCUCUUCCUUGAUUUCUCUCACAGCUUGGGAACUGCGACGACUCUGACAACAUCAAACCAGAAGCAGACACCUAGCGCCCGCCGGCGCAGGGCUGCUCGUUGCUGCCGUCUCGGGAGCGGCGUCCAUCCUCCCGCUUUUCGCUAUCAUUUUCGCACGACCCUCGCGGGCCUGCCUCCGUUUUUUUCGCUAUCACUUUCGGGGGGCCCCCCUCUUUUCGCUAACUAUAACUCGCGGACGGCCCUCGCGGGCCUCCGUUUUCCUUUGUUCUUGUUGUUCGCUAUAGUUCAGACACAAGGCCACGAUCGAACAGAGAGGGAGAAAAGAAGAAAAAAACCACGAAAACCCGCGCCAGCCAUGGCCAACGCGUUGAAGAUGGCGCCCGCGGUGAUGCGUGUCCCACUGCCCGCCGGCGCCUCUUGGUUGCUUGUUCUUACUAUGGGAACAAGGCCCCCCUUUUUUUCGCUAUAUUUUGCGGACGACCCUCGCGGGCCUCCGCGUUCCUUUGUUCUUGUUCUUCGCUUUAGUUCGGACACAAGGCCACGAACGGGACAAAGAGACGAAAGAGAAGAAAAAAACCGCGGACAUCCGCGCCAGCUAUGGCCAACGCGUUGAAAAUGGCGCCCGUGGUGGUGCGUGUUUAACUGCCCGCCGGCGCCUUCUGGUUGCUUACUCUUGUCACCAUCUUGGGAACGCGGCCCCCUUUUUUUCGCUAUAAUUUGCGGACGACCCUCGCGGGCCUCCGCUUUGUCUCCUUUGUUCUUGUUGUUCGCUAUGGUUCGGACCCAAGGCCACGAACGGGACAAAGAGAGAGAAAAGAAGAAAAAAGCCACGAACACCCGCGCCAGCUGUGGCCAACGCGUUGAAGAUGGUGCCCGUGGUGGUGCGCGUUUCACUGCCCGCCGGCGCCUCUUGUUUGCUUGUUCUUACUAUGGGAACGGGGCCCCCUUUUUUUCGCUAUAAUUUGCGGACGACCCUCGCGGGCCUCCGUUUUGCUUUGUUCUUGUUGUUCGCUAUAGUUCAGACACGACAAGGCCACGAACAGGACAAAGAGACAGAGAGAAGAGAAGAAAAAAACCGCGAACACCCGCGCCAGCUAUGGCCAACGCGUUGAAAAUGGUGCCCGUGGUGGUGCGUGUUUAACUGCCCGCCGGCGCCUCCUCGCUGCUUGUUCUUACUAUGGGAGCACCGCCCUCCUUUUUUCGCUAUAAUUUGCGGACGAUCCUCGCGGGCCUCCGCGUCCCUUUGUCCUUGCUGUUCGCUAUGGUUCAGACCCAAGGCCACGAACGGGACAAAGAGAGAGAAAAGAAGAAAAGAGCCACGAACGCCCGCGCCAGCUAUGGCCAACGCGUUGAAGAUGGUGCCCGUGGUGGUGCGUGUUUCACUGCCCGCCGGCGCCUCUUGGCUGCUUGUUCUUACUAUGGGAACAAGGCCCCCCUUUUUUUCGCUAUAAUUUGCGGACGACCCUCGCGGGCCUCCGUCUUCCUUUGUUCUUGUUGUUCGCUAUAGUUCAGACACAAGGCCACGAACGGGACAAAGAGACGAAAGAGAAGAAAAAAACCGCGGACACCCGCGCCAGCUAUGGCCAACGCGUUGAAAAUGGUGCCCGUGGUGGUGCGUGUUUAACUGCCCGCCGGCGCCUCCUGGUUGCUUACUCUUGUCACCAUCUUGGGAACACGGCCCCCCUUUUUUCGCUAUCAUUUGCGGACGACCCUCGCGGGCCUCCGCUUUGCUUCCUUUGUUCUUGUUGUUCGCUAUGGUUCGGACCCAAGGCCACGAACGGGACAAAGAAAGAGAAAAGAAGAAAAAAGCCACGAACACCCGCGCCAGCUGUGGCCAACGCGUUGAAGAUGGUGCCCGUGGUGGUGCGUGUUUCACUGCCCGCCGGCGCCUCUUGUUUGCUUGUUCUUACUAUGGGAACGGGGCCCCUUUUUUUUCGCUAUAAUUUGCGGACGACCCUCGCGGGCCUCCGCUUUGCUUUGUUCUUGUUGUUCGCUAUGGUCCGGACACGACAAGGCCACGAACGGGACAAAGAGGGAGAAAAGGAGAAAAAAACCGCGAACACCCGCGCCAGCUAUGGCCAACGCGUUGAAAAUGGUGCCUGUGGUGGUGCGUGUUUAACUGCCCGCCGGCGCCUCCUCGUUGCUUGUUCUCACUAUGGGAACGGGGCCCCCUUUUUUUCGCUAUAAUUUGCGUACGACCCUCGCGGGCCUCCGUUUUGCUUUGUUCUUGUUGUUCGCUAUAGUCCGGACACAAGGCCACGAACAGGACAAAGAGACGAAGAGAAGAAAAAAACCGCGGACACCGGUGGCAGUGCUGCCACCUUCCUCUUGUAUAUAAAAUCACCGCGCCCCCGCUCCCUUUUCCCGCGACGCGGAGGGGAGUGCGCGCCCCUCGGGCGCCCGUUUCACCUUGUGAAACCAUUCACCCCCACCCACGUCCCUAAAGUAUCCUUUUUCCCUCCUUAACGUCUCCCGGGGCACCCGGGCCCGGGGAGUUCAACAACAUUUUAAUUUUUCUCCACGUCUAAAUCUUGAUUCGAUGUAGUCAUUCUUGCGCCAUUUACGCUAGUAGACCCACAUGUACUAGUUUUCACCCACGCACAUCUACAGGACAUGGUCUGGCACGUUGCUCUUGACGCUGUUGACAUCGUGAAUAUGACGAAGAUGAGCCGCCUUCAGGACUUCCUAGAAACCGACAUCGUGCUAGAGUACUGGUCUGCGUUGAACCUUUUUCGACGCGUCUCUCCGAUCUUCAUUUUUCUCGCGAUGCUAGCCCACUCCCAGUCCUUCCCACGUGCCGAGUGGAAAUUUGCUAGAAGAAGACUAGAUAAGAACACGAUUCAGGCUGUGAACGAAGCAGUGAUUGGCAGUGAGGCGAUGGCAAGGGCACAGAAGAAAAGUGAGGAGGUGCAGAGACAAAACUCUAUUAAGCGAAGAGGAAGUAAUAGAGGUGGAUCAGUGCCGCGGAAGACGUCUUUGGUGAAGUAUGAUGGGCUAAAUCAUGAUACGAAUGCUUCAGAUCGUGAACUACAAAUAAACGUCGACUAUGCUGCCCAAGCCGAACACCUACAACGACCAAAGGAGGGUAUGCACAGUGCGUCAAACUCUACCACGACUGAUGACGAAGCAGGAGGUCAUGACGUGGACGCGUUGUCAUCUUCGACAGCAUCUUCGCGGAGUGGGAGAAGAUCAUCUCCAACAUCAUCUUCUUCACCAAGGAGAGGAAGAAGCAGAAGCAGGCCCCCUCCUCCUGCCUUUACGAUAGGCCCCGGAGGGGUGAUGAUUGGCAAUGCACCUGCGACUUCGUCGUCAGGGCGAGGAUUUUCUAGGGCGAGGAGACGCGAGAACAGUUUAUCUGGUACUCCUUCGAUAUCGUCCUCAAGUGAUCUUCACGAGGACAGCCGGAUAGGAGGUCCUCCCAGUAGAACUAGACGAAGACGUCGUCGCAAACCGCCAGAUGAUCCACGACUACAGGAAGAUGAUAUAAUCGAUCACAAACUCGUACUCGUUCCCAGGAAGCUCCGCCGCUCCCGUCCCCACGCUCUUCCUGUGCGAUCGUCAGGCAGUCUACUGAAUUCCGCCUCAUCCUCUCAUUCCUUUGCAACAACUGGCGAGCAUUGGGCGGCAAAUCUGGUAGACCUCGCAAAUCCUCUCGACCGGUUCGACGCAGAUCAAGAGAGUCUGCCAUUCACUUCAGCAGAUGAAUCAGAGGUAGGAAGGCACCAAGAGCCGUCUCCCGCUACUGUAGCUGCAGUGGAAACUGGUUCCCGUCUCGGAACUCAAGCUAGUACUAUUAAGGCUCAACUUUCAAUGGUCAUUGGGGUUGGUCACUGAGAUCGAAGAGGCGACCCCUUGAGAGAACAGGGGAAAACGAAGGGAAAGGGGAGAGCUUUGAAGGGGGUCCCUUCCGUUCAGAGUCAGUGACCCUUGAUUGCUGCGCUUUAAUACUAGUUCCAAAACCAGCAGCACUGGUACAGCCACCGGAUCGAGAACAAGAAUCAACCAACCUGGCAACAUCGAGCAACACCAGGCUCAUUUCAUCACCAUUCCUGACUCUCCACCGUCGUUGGGAGAAGAAGCAAGUUCAAUGGGAGGGAGAAGAAGAGGCAGGUCACCGUCCCACUCCUCAACUGGUGAGCCUCCACCCGGUGGAGGGCGAUCUUCUACUAGUAAUGCUCGUCUAGAGGGACAAGAGCAAGGACCUGCACCUCCAAGUGGCACUUCGAAUGGACGCGCUGUGACGACACCUUUUUUUAAGGCUCAACUUUCAUUGGUCGUAGAGGUUGGUCACUGAAAUCGAAGAGGGUCCCCUUGAGAGAACAGGGGAAAAUGAAGGGAAAGGGGAGAGCCUUGGAAGGGGUCUCUUCCGUUCAAAGUCAGUGACCAAUGAAUGCUGGGCUUCAAUUUUUACACGUACAAUCAAGCUAGUUCCUACGCAAACAUCGGAGCCGAGUUUCAUUUGCGAACGCAGCUGGACGUGGUGAGUGCGCGAGAGAGGUCGGCCACGAUUUCUCUCUUCUUAGUCGAUCUCCCUUUUGGGUUACUCCGCGUCUUUCUCUUCCUCGUCACCUUGCGCUCUCCACAACCCGUCUGGCCGCCGUUAGCGAUGAAGAACAUCAGCUGCCUGUUUCUCAACAUGGUGCAGCUGCGGAUGAUCGAGCAGAGACGCGGGGAACUAAUCGAAAUGCUACACGAGACUAACGAAUGCGCUGAAGAAUACCUUAAGGGUAGGUUAAAGGUGCUUUUCUUACCGCUUUUUAUGCCUCUCCUAAGGGAGAAAGGCAUAACAAGCGUGGUAAGCGAGCACCAAAAACCUACCUCUAAAUACCGCAUUCAUCGUGCGAGGCUGUGGCACAGGGAAACCCGCGAAGACAGACUCCUAGAAGAACAGCUUGCUGCCACUGAUCUCUGGAGCGUGCGUUCGAUCACGCUAGGCGUCUUGCGUGUCUUGUGGAAUACGACUGGUGGUCGGAUAUUGAGGAGACGGAGGCUCAGACGAAAAAAAAAGUAUCAGGAAGAGGACGAACGCGAGCGUAAACGUGCUCAAGAACAUCUUCAAGGAGUACGACAGGUUGUAGACUCAGCAAGAUCAUUCACUGCCGAAACUACAAGAGAUUCUACCGACACAACACACUCUGCUGAUAUUAAGGAUGCAGCCGAGAGAGCAACAAACAACUACAAUUCACAGUACUCAUCUACUGAUCAUGAUCAUGAAGAACAUCCUAAUUGCAGCCGCGAAACGACUCUCCAUGUGCAUGAUGCGGGAGGAGCUGCGGCACGAAGUGUAGAUCUUUCUCCCCCGGGAGCUGGUGGUCUUGGUCUCUCAGCAGACGAUGUUGCAAUUCGGAUUGACGAUGCUGCGAGAGCAACGGAGCGUGUUAGGCACGUAACCCUGUCCCCGCUUGCGACUAAGGAACUGCAACGAAUGCAGGGCAACGGAAAGCUUAGCCGACCAGCAAGCAAGCUCACUAUAGUUAGCGACUUGCCCUGUGAAGGCGAUGAUGUAUUCGACGAAAGUCUCUCGUCUAGCAGUACUUCCUCAAUUAUAGAUGAUGAAGACGACGUAUUCUCGGAUUCACGAGGACUCAGAACAUUCUCAACCCUGAAAAUGAGCCGUAGGGAUAGUAGUAUUUUUAAGCGAGGACGAGGAAGUUCCGGGAGAACACUUAGGACGAGACGAGACUCGUCAUUCAGAACGAAAGACAGUAAUAUCAGAGAACAAGACAGUAAUAUCCUAAAGGGUCAAGAAUACGACGAGUACGAUGAUAAGAUGAGCAAUGCUGGUGAAACAGUUACAACAUUCGCAACUAAUGCUACUAGUUCCUUGCAGCCUGAGGACGACUACGAUGACAAUAUCUCUUCGGUUCUCUCUAGUCGAUUAGAGGCGGAGUUUACCUCUCGACGCGACCAGCACAGAGAACAGCUGCUGCUGACAGUAAUGGAGCAAACGCGGGUCGAAGUGAAACUACGGAGAAAUAGCGGUUUGCCGAACUUCUGCCUUGUUUUCUUGAUCGGGUUCUUCCUUGGCGCUUUGAUUGCGUUUCGGGGUGCGAUUUUUUCGGUCUUUCAAGGCGACGAAUCUGUUGGAGAAGUGUUCCAAGAUGUCGAUAUCUCCGUGCUCUGGGGCAGCGGCGACGCGGUGACAACGGCUGUGCCGAAGUUAUGAUGAGUGGUGGUAGUUCUAGUUUUUUACAUCGUCAAGAAAAUGUCAAAAGGAUGACUUUUUCUGACAUUUGAUGUUAAAAACAACACCUCCCCGCCUCUUCAUAUCAGAGUGGCACAGCAUCUGCUAGCAGCACGACAGACACCACCACGGCUCCGUCCUCAUCCUCAUCAGCGGAGAGCAUAUUCGACAGUUUACUUCCCAGAUGAUCUCAGUUGCGUGCUUUUCUUUUGCCAGCCUUCACCUACGUGCAUUUACAUUUACAUGUUUUCUUUUCCGAUUCAAGAACUUGUGCGGUUUUCUUUUCUGGUUCAUUAUCGCAAUUUCUCGCUCUACUAGUACGUUCAUUAUUGCCAGAGCAGGAUGAUUGAAGCCGAAUUUUGAUACUUUUGCUUUUU